AGGGCAGAAGAGAACAACAAUUGCACUGCAGCACGAUGACUCUGCAGUGGACUUCAGUUCUUCUGCUGAUGCAACUGAGUGUUUACUUUAGCUCUGGGACUUGCGGGAAGGUGCUGGUGUGGCCCACAGAAUACAGCCACUGGAUGAACAUGAAGACAAUCCUGGAUGAACUUGUCCAGAGAGGUCAUGAGGUGACUGUACUGGCAUCUUCAGCGUCCAUUGUUAUCGAUCCCAGCAAAACAUCUGCUAUUAAAUUUGAAGUUUAUCCUACAUCUUUAAGUAAAGAGGAAUUUGAUGGGCUUUUCAUGCAUCUGUUCCAUAGAGCAAUAUAUGAUGCUCCAAAGGACACAUUUUGGUCACAUGUUUCAGAAAUAGAAGAAAUGGUGUUUGGAUAUACUGAAAUUAUGAGAAAGCUCUGUAAAGAUGCAGUUUUAAACAAGAAACUUAUGACAAAGCUACAAGAGUCAAAGUUUGAUGUCAUUCUUGCAGAUGCUGUUGGUUUCUGUGCUGACCUGCUGGCUGAGAUACUCAAAACACCCCUUGUGUAUAGUGUCCGCUUCUCUGCUGGCUACACAUUUGAGAAGCAUAGUGGGGGACUUCUAUUCCCUCCUUCCUACGUACCUGUAGUUAUGUCAGAAUUCAGUGAUCAAAUGACAUUCAUGGAGAGGGUAAAAAAUAUGAUAUAUGUGCUCUAUUAUGACUUUUGGUUCCAAGCAUAUGAUGUGAAGAAGUGGAAGCAAUUUUAUCUUGAAGUACUAGGCAGACCCGCUACAUUGUAUGAGACAAUGAAGAAAGCUGAUAUGUGGCUUGUUCGAACCUAUUGGGAUUUUGAAUUUCCUCGCCCACUCUUACCAAAUUUUGAUUUUGUGGGAGGACUCCAUUGCAAACCUGCCAAACCCCUGCCUAAGGAGAUGGAAGACUUUGUCCAGAGCUCUGGAGAAAAUGGUGUUGUGGUGUUUUCUCUGGGGUCGAUGAUCCGUAACAUGACAGAAGAAAGGGCCAAUGUGAUCGCUGCAGCCCUUGCCCAGAUCCCACAAAAGGUUCUAUGGAGAUUUGAUGGCAAGAAACCAGACACCUUAGGACCCAAUACCCAGCUAUACAAGUGGUUGCCCCAGAAUGACCUUCUUGGUCAUCCAAAAACCAAGGCUUUCAUAACUCAUGGUGGAGCCAAUGGCAUCUAUGAGGCCAUCUACCAUGGGGUCCCCAUGGUGGGCAUCCCUUUGUUUGCGGAUCAACCAGACAACAUUGCUCACAUGAAAGCCAAGGGAGCAGCUGUUAGAGUGGACUUCAACACAAUGUCAAGUACAGAUUUGCUCAGUGCUUUGAAGACAGUCAUUAAUGACCCUUUAUAUAAAAAGAAUAUUAUGAAAUUAUCAAGAAUUCAUCAUGAUCAGCCGAUGAAACCUCUCGAUCGAGCAGUCUUCUGGGUCGAGUUUGUCAUGCGCCACAAAGGAGCCAAACACCUUCGGGUUGCAGCCCACGACCUCACCUGGUUCCAGUACCACUCUCUGGAUGUGCUUGGGUUCCUGUUGGCCUGUGUGGCCACUGCUAUAUUCGUCAUCACAAAAUGUUGCCUGUUUUUCUUCCGGAUGUUUGCUACAGCAGGAAAGAAGAAAAAAAGGGAGUAAUUAGAUCUAGGCCUGAAUCCUCAAUACCUGAUAAUGAUAGAUAGGACUCAUCCAGUUGAUUCCAGCAAGAAGGGGUUGUGGUAUAAGAUUUUUUUGCUCCUGUGACAACAGGACAAACAAUUUACUUUGUCAAUUCAAUCUGUGUUUACAAAGGAUUUACUGCCUUUUUAAGGAUAGAAAUAUUUUAUGGCAAAGAGAAUAGAAAAAGUGAGGAAUAAUAAAAAUGCAAAGAACUACA